AUGGCCGGAUGGUUUAGGCGGCUCUUGCACAAGCCCAAGCCCAGCUCGGUGGAGAGCAGCCUCAACACCAGCCACUCCUCUUCAUCCUCACCUUCCUCCUCCUCCUCUUCCGCCAAGAGCUCCAGCUCCUCUCCCAGCAUGAGCCUGACCAGGUCCAUCCGCUCGUCACCUGUGUCCCUGUCGGACAUCAACGCCUCGGGCAGCGCCCGGUGGGCCAAGAGCUACGACGUCUGCAUCUGCCACAGCGAGGUGGACCUGGAGCUAGUGGAGGAGCUGGUGUCCUACCUGGAGAGUCAACCCGAGAGCUUCCGGUGCUUCCUCCAGCUGCGGGAUGCGGCGCCGGGAAGUGCGAUGGUGACAGAACUGUGCGAUGCCGUGCAAAACAGCCACUGCUGGGUCAUGCUCAUCACCCCCGGCUUCCUCCGGGACCCUUGGUGCAAGUACCAGAUGCACCAGGCGUUGGCCGAAGCGCCCAUGGCCAACGGACGCACCAUCCCGGUGUUGAAGGACGUGGAUCGGAAGGAAUAUCCCAAGGAACUGCGGAACCUCUACUACAUCUACAUGGCGUUGAAGGAGAACAGCUUCAGGCAGAUCAGAGACACCGUCGUGCGCUACCUCCAGGAGCUGUGCCGGAGCUCCCUGAGCAGGACUGAGUAG